GUUUUCCGCGGUGACGAAGCCAUGAAGACGCCACUUUGGGUCCUUCUGUUGUUGAGUUUGUGUGUCCCUAGUCGCAGUGACUGCCAAGGUGAUUGUUUAACCUGCGCACUUCUCCUGCCUCCCCAGCAAACUUUCAACACCCUUGUGUGUUUGCUGGAAUGUGAGGCCCAGGCGUUCCCAGCUCAUAGCUGGGAUCUCUGCUACCAAGUGGUGGGUCUAAACCCAGCCGCAUUGCCAUCACCUGAUUUAUCGAAGCGUACAGAAGACGAGAAAAAGCCUCUGGCCAUAAUGAAGAUGGAGGAUGAAGGCAUGGAAUACUCAGAAGCUUUGGAGCGAUUCCGCCACAUGGCUCAGGCGCUCAGCGGUCACGAACCUUCCGAGGAGGAGCAAAAAUCGGAUCAGUUUGAGGAAACCUAUGACCUGGGGCUUGACUCCAAUAUGGAGGAUGAGGAGGAGCAAGACACAGUUGAUAAGGGGGAAGAGCAGGACCAAGAUGGCGCCACCGCCCUCAAUCUGUCCAAACGCUUUGGUGGUUUUAUGAAAGGUCGCCAUGGCUUCCGUAAGCUGGUGAGCUCCGGGAGACCCCUGCAGAAGCGCUACGGUGGCUUCAUAGGGAUCCGCAAGUCAGCCCGCAAGUGGAACAACCAGAAGCGGGUGAGCCAGCUGUUGAGGCAGUACCUGAGUCUCACCGCACGCACGGGCCGCUCAGGCCACUUCGCCAACCUGUCUGCAGCUGCAGUUCGACAAAAGAAUGAGGUUUAA